UGUUGCCACACUUCCCCCUUCCAAAUAAGUCCGUAUUCAAUCUGUCACGCCUCCUCUGGGUAGACUUUCAGGCAAAUUUGACAGGCUGCUCACUUCAGUGUCAUUUGCGCUUGUUCCUUUCUGGGGGUGCUAUUCUUUCUGAGGCUUCAUUGAGAAGAAGGCUUGGAACAGACUGUAAAGAAUAAGCUAAAGACAGGAACCGACCACUCUGCCAACCCCUUUAAAAGGGUCUUCAAAGGCUUGAUGGAACUUCUAUACCAUGACGGGCCUGCCAGUGUCUGUUUUCACACUGCUCCUGAAUUACCUGCUGUCAUCUGAAGGCGCUCUCCUUCCCCCACUCAACCUGAGUGUGGUCUCGUUAGAUUUCCACACCUCCAUCCACUGGCUUCCUGGACCAGAGAACCCUACUGGAACCAGAUAUUCCGUUGAGUUCACAGAAAUCAAGCAUUUUUCGAAGCCGGUCUGGAAUGGACCCGCAAAUUGUACAAAUAUCACCUCAGUGCAGUGCUACUUGGAACUUGACCAGCUUUUCUCAGACUACAUCGUGAGGGUCAUGGCAGAAUGGAAGGAGGAGAGAUCAAACUGGACACUUCUGAAACACACAUUCCAGCUAUAUAAAAACACUCAGCUGAGCCCACCAAAUGUGAGGAUCUUACUUCAUCAGCAUUCUGUCCAGAUUAACCUCAGCCACUUGGUCCAAUUAGUCAGGGAUGUGCCCUUGAGGUUUUCCGUUCACCUCUAUCGUUUGACUUCUGAUCACAGAGUCCAGCACUUUGGAAAGAAAAUAAGUACAGGAUCCUUGGACUUCCAGAAUCUGCCAGCUGGCUUCAACUACUGCAUCAAUGCUUCUGCCUUCUAUACUCAGAUGACCGAGCACAAAAACCUCAAUACCACCAAGUGCAUUUUACUCCAGAAUCAAAGCCACAGAGGAGGCGUCGCUCACAUCAUUGGUGUGGUUGUAGGUGUUCUCCUACUGCUAAUCAUUCCCACCGGCAUUGUUCUAAGCACCAAAAGCUGCUUCAUGUGGAAAAUUGGGAACAGCUACAUUCCAAAAGCUCUGCGUAUCAUAACUGGAACUGAUGCAGUCUUAAAACUGAAACCUGAGGAACUCCACCCUCCUCCAAUCUCAAUUACAUAUACCGAGUUCACAGCUGAGGCUGCACAUGAGACAGUGGAUGAGAAUCUACAACAGGCCUACUGCAAGAGAGAACGUUGUUCAAUGGUGAUCAGGCGUGGGUCAGAGGAUGAGCUGGAGGAUGCUAACUUUCUCGGGGAAGUGGAUGAGAUACAGCCCCGCAAGCUUGAUUUGUACAGUUCAGCUGUGAACAUGGAAGAGACUGAAGAUCAGCUGAUACUGGAGGCAGGUCCAACUUCUGGCUUUUCGAUGCAGUGGAGCCCUACUUUCUCAAGCCUAGCAAGGACUAGUUUUGAUAAAGCCAACAUAAAAAUCUCACCCUCAGACUUGGAUGAUGAAGAAAACUCAAAGACAGAGAGGCAGCAUCUGUCCUACUCCCCUAGCUGCAGUUCAGAGAGAUCAGAACUGUCUGAAGAUGAGAUGGAUUUUUCACAUAGUGAUGACAUUAUUGGAAGUAAUUACGAGCCCAGGCCUGACCCACGUUUGAUGUAGCUGGAUGUCCAGUUAAGGGCACAGUGUUAUGAAUAAUUAGACAAUGUACAAUGAAGGCAGGCUCAAGGUCAAGAAGAAAUAUGAAGACUAUAGUAUGGUACAGUUACAUCUCAGUGUAGCAAAAUGAAGAAAUAACUUCAGUGAAAUACCUCAGCUGUCUGCAUGGAAAGAUGCGUGUGGAAUUUUCAUUACUGGUGCAGAUUUAUGGACAUGAUACUAAAAAUAUAUAUAUAUAUAUAUAUAUAUAU